UUAUUAAUCAGGUAAACUGUUAAUAUCUUUACAAACAAUAGAUUUGUUGACAAAUGGGAAGCAAGAUUGAAUUAGCUAUACUUACCUUAUAUAAUGAGACAACUGAUCUCUUGCAUAGUCACUUAAAAGUACCUAAAGUAAGGAUAGAAGAUUUUGAAUCAUGGCCUUUAACAUUUUACAGAGAUUAUGUUUCAAAAAAUUGUCCUGUUUUAAUCCAAGGGGCUGGAAAUAGUUUUCCUGCUGUGAAAAAAUGGAGCUCGGAAUAUUUUAUGAAAACUAUAUCUGAAAAAGAAGUAACUGUAGCUGUAACACCUAAUGGUUAUGCUGAUGGUUUCAAUUUUAUAAAUAACAAACAAUAUUUUGUGAUGCCUGAAGAAGUAAAUAUGAAAUUUAAAGAUUUCCUUAUACUCCUCGAGCAACCGAAAAAAAAUUAUGUUUGUUAUAUUCAGAAACAAAAUUCAAAUCUCUCGGAAGAUCUUUUAGAGUUACUUCCAGAUAUAGGAAAUGAAAUAAGUUGGGCUUCUACAGCAUUUAAUAAAAAACGUGAUGCUGUGAAUUUCUGGAUGGGUGAUGAGAGAGCCGUUACUAGUAUGCAUAAAGAUCCUUAUGAAAAUAUAUAUUGUGUCAUAGACGGCUAUAAAGAUUUUAUAUUAAUACCACCAACAGAUUUACCAUAUGUGCCUUACGAAGAAUAUCCAGUUAGAAAAUAUAAAAAUAUAACCUGUACAAAUUUUGAAGUCGAACCUGAAAGUGGCAAUGACAAUAUUAUGUGGAUAUCUGUAGAUCCCCUCGAUAGAAAAACUUCGUUGGACAAGUAUCCAAAUUUUAAAAAGGCACACAUUUAUAAUGUUAGAGUAAGUAAAGGAGAUAUGCUUUAUUUACCUAGUUUAUGGUUUCAUCAUGUCCGCCAAAGUCAUAAAUGUAUUGCUGUGAAUUAUUGGUACGAUAUGGACUUUGAUAUUAAAUACUGCUAUUAUAAAAUGUUAGAAAGUUUAUGUAUUAGUAAAUAAAAUUAUUUAAUAUCUGCAAAGCUGUGCAUUUGCUGUUAAUACCAACAUUUUAUAAAUCAAAUCACAUCAGACUAUCAAAUGUCAAAUACAUUACAACUGUUGAUAAGAUUAAAGACACUAGUAAUUUAUUUUGGCAUGUUAAAAAAUUAAGACACUAAAAAUGACUAGGUCACUGUCACAUCAAAAUUAGCAGUAAUUAAUGUUUGCACUUUUAAAUAGAGUUGUAAGAAUUUUACCAUCAACAGAGCUAGAACUUUCAAAAAAGAAUUACAUAACUUUAUACAAAUGGCUCUUUCAGUUCAAACGACAAAUCUUCCAUAUUUUACCUAGGAAAUUUUUGAAACCUCUUGGCUAUAUCAUUCCAUGCAGUACAAUUUUACCAAAACCAGCCAUAGUUACUUUAAUAUCACAAUAUGAUGUCGAAGAAAAUAUAGCUCAACUGAUGACUUUAGCUCGUAUCGCUUUGGAAAGAGGAGAUGUGGAAAGAGCGGAAGCAAUUUUAGAAAUGGGGAUUAAGAUUUGCGAUGAGUAUCAAGCGUACAUUGCAAUGCCUUACAUAUAUGACAUUUUAGCAUCAAUAUUGAUUGCUACAGGCAAUAUAAAGAAAGCAGAAAACUUACUAGUGCAGAUUAUAGAGAAGAUGCUUCAGUUAGGAGUACCAGAAAACGACAGUCAAAUUGUAGAUUUUAAAUUGCGUUUAGCACGAAUUUACAGUUCGUAUGAUGAAAAUGAGUUAGCAGAAAUAGGAUUUAAGAAAUGUUUAGUAGUACAAGAAGCAAAAAUUUUAGACGGUGAUACGUCCACCAAGACGGGUAUGUUGUAUGUCAAUGUCUUAUUCUGGUAUGGAUUACAUAAAAUAAAAAGUGCCAACUACGUCAAAGCAAAGCAGCUCAUCGAUUCCGCUUACAAUUAUUCAAUGAAAAUUAGAGGACUUACCCCUUAUCAAGAAAUGGUGAUUUUGUAUACCCUCGCAGAUUUAAACUUUCAACUUGAAGAUUACGAUAUUGCUCUUCAAAAUAUUCAAAGUGCAAUUCUCUUAGGGAAGGGGAUAGGCAGUUUGGAUUUGCCCAGGUGUUAUUUGAAGCUUGGCAAAAUUUAUAUAAAACUAAGUUCUAACGAUGUAGCUAAACACUGGUUAAAUGAAGCCUACAAACUGGCAACACUUUUUAACGACAGUGAAGUUCUUGAAGAAGUAGAAAUCAUUUUAUCACAAUUACCUGAGAAGAAAGCAACUUUUUUUUGAAAAAAAAUAUGUUUUAUAUUUAACCAAUAAAAUAUACAUUAGAAUUGA